AUGCGACUUCUUCCGAAACUUCGCCUUUUCAGUGCUCUAACUUAUACAAAAAGCUGCCGUUCCGUCGCUUCGACACAUGCAAAAUCUGGAAGGUUCGUUUGUUUUUGAUCAUCUCUUAUUUUUUAUAUUUUUCCGAACAGUUUGAAUAAAAAUAUUUUUGAGAAAUCAAAUUCAAAAAAAUUUGUCAUCGGUAUUCAAGAUUUAUAAAAAAAUAAAAAAAUUAAAAAAACAAAAAAUUUUUUUGCGUGCAUAAAUGAAAGUUUAGUUCAGUUUUAUGUUUUUAUUUUCCUAAAGUGCUUGAAAGAAGUUUUAAAAAUAUACAAAAAAACUUCCUUAUUUUUCAGGCCGGUCGAUGAACGCGAAGGAAAAGAAAUCUAUACAACGAUCGGAAUUGAUUACGAUGAGCCGAAGUUCGAUAAAAUCCUCAUCGCAAACCGAGGUUUUCAUACUUCCCCUUUAGAGUGAUGCUUGAUUAAGAACAUUUCCCCAUGUACUUAUUUUCCAGGAGAAAUUGCCUGCCGUGUGAUCAAAACGGCGCGCGCCAUGGGAAUCAAGACGGUGGCGGUUCACUCGGACGUCGACAGCGCCGCGUUGCACGUGAGAAUGGCUGACGAGGCGGUCUGCGUCGGACCGGCUCCUACUUCGGAGUCUUAUCUCCGCGCUGACAGAAUCCUCCAGGCCGUCAAAGAUACUGGAGCACAGGCUGUUAGUUUUCUGUCAAAUUUAAGCAAUAAACUUCUGGAUUUAUCAUCCGCACUUCUGUUGAUUGUGUUCAAAUCAGAGCAGAAGAUUUUUAAAAGCAAUAACUAAAAAGAAACAAAUUUCAAAGAGUGCAAUCAACUAAACAAAGUUUGAAUAAAAUCAAACAUUCCCAUCAUUUGGAAUAGCGGACAGGAAUAUGCAAUUUAGUUUAUAUUUAAAAAAACCUGAUAUGCCAGAAAAAAAUUGAAAACCAGAACAUAAAUUUGAUUUGAUUUUUUUCUAUCUGCUGAAAGGGAUCAAAAAUCAAUUGAAAAACAUUCUUAACUAAGAUGAUUUUUUUUUUCCAAUCAAGGGCAAUAUAGUUUUGAUAUUCUGAUUGAAAUCUAAUCAAAUUGUGUUCUCACAGGUGCAUCCUGGAUACGGCUUUCUCUCCGAGAACACGAAAUUCGCUGCUGAAUUGGAAAAAGCUGGAGCCAAAUUUGUCGGACCCAACUCGAAGGCAAUUUUGGACAUGGGUGAUAAAAUUCACUCUAAGAAAAUCGCCAGUGCGGCCAAGGUUGCUCCCUUUUUGAGAUAAUUUGAUGAAAAAAAGUUAUAGGUUAACAUGAUUCCUGGUUUUGAUGGGGAGAUCGCGGACGAAGAUAUGUGCGUAAAAGUUUCGAAAGACAUUGGUUAUCCAGUAAUGAUCAAAGCUUCGGCCGGAGGCGGUGGAAAAGGCAUGAGAAUUGCUUGGAACGACAAAGAAGCUCGCGAAGGAUACAGGUGAGUAAUUGGAUAGUUACUAUGCAGAUGCUUGUGAACGACUUUUCAAUAAAAGGACAGAGCGAUUUUCCUGAGAACUGAAAUAAAAUCGUUUAUUCAGACUUUCGAAGCAAGAGGCUGCUUCAUCGUUUGGUGACGAUCGCAUGCUUGUUGAGAAAUUCAUCGAUAACCCCCGACACAUUGAAAUGCAGGUAAGGGAUUUUUUGUUUGAGUUUUCAUCUCAGAAAUAACACAAUAAAUUUUUCAGGUUCUCUGCGACAAGCAUGGCAAUGCUUUGUGGUUGAACGAGCGUGAAUGCUCCAUUCAGAGACGUAAUCAGAAAGUGAUCGAAGAAGCUCCCAGCAGCUUUGUCACUCCUGAAAUGCGCAAGAAAAUGGGUGAACAAGGUAUAGUUGUAUUCGGACCCUCGAAAAAAUAAUUUUAAUUCAAAGCUGUGCAACUUGCCAAGGCUGUCGGAUAUGACUCCGCCGGAACCGUCGAAUUUCUUGUUGAUUCUCAGCGCAAUUUUUACUUUCUCGAGAUGAACACGCGUUUGCAAGUAAGUUUUGUAUAUUCUCUUGAAAGAAAAAUUAACUUCACAGUUUCUUGAACAAGAGAGUGUAUAAAGUACGUUUUCUGGCUAGUUUGGGCUAGUUUUAUGCCUGAAGAAAAAACUGAAAAAAAAAAUAAAUUAGUGAUUGAAAGUUUGGGAAAAGAUUGGGAAAAAGAGAACAGCUAAACACCACUGGAAGAUGCAUAUAUGAACUAAAGAAAAAAAUUACUUAUUUUUUUCAGGUUCAUUCAUUUUUUUGUCAAAAAGAAAUCUUUUUUUUGUCACCCUUAGGAGAAUCAAAUCUGAGACCUUGUGAACAUGCAGAGAACCUGAGCAACUAAACUUAUCUUCUGUCAUUAAGCUAACACCAAUCAACAUUUUCCAGGUGGAGCACCCAAUCACGGAAUGCAUCACUGGUAUCGACAUUGUUCAACAAAUGCUGCGCGUUUCUUACGGUCACAAACUUCCAAUCACACAGAACCAAGUUCCCAUCAUUGGGUGGGCUUUCGAAAGUCGUGUCUACGCCGAGGUCUUUAUUUUUCGUCUCGAUUUUUCUUAUAUUUAAUUUUAGGAUCCCUACAAAGGAUUUGGAUUGCCGUCAGUUGGAAGACUUUCGCGAUACGUUGAGCCUCAUAAUGUAGAAGGAGUCCGAUGCGAUUCCGGAAUUGUUGAAGGCUCGGAAAUCUCUAUUUACUACGAUCCUCUCAUUUGCAAAGUGAAAAAAAGCUUUUCAAGCUCCGAUAUUCGUAAAAUUUCAGCUUGUUACACACGGAAAUACCAGAGAAGAAGCUUUGAACCGUAUGUCUGACGCAUUGGACAACUACGUUAUUAGAGGAGUGAGUUUUGAUAGCUGUGCUUUUCUUGAUCUUUGGAUCUUAUCCGAAUUUAUUGUUUCUUUCCAGGUCACUCAUAACAUUCCAUUGCUCCGCGACAUUGUACAAGAAAAACGAUUCCGUAAAGGAGACAUCACUACUAAGUGAGUGAACCAUCAUGGUAUCCACGAGGAUAUCCGACAGAAAGCCUUAACUUCGAGACAUUAAAAUUUUCAGAUAUUUGCCUGAAGUAUACCCGGAAGGCUUCCAGGGCGCCACCCUGAAUCAUGAAGAACAAGAAACGCUCAUUGGCCUUGCCGCCGCUUUAAACGCCCGCAAAUUAGCUCGAGCCAAUAAGUUUUUGAACCAAACGGCUAAGCAAACCACUGUCCUUGAUGGUUAUCACAUGAAGCACAGGUUCACUCUUUGAACCCCUUUCAACGAAAAUGAUCACUUUUAUUCAGUUUUGUUGCGGAACUCCCGGUUAAAGAAGGCGAGAAAGGCGAACCAAAACAUGUCGAAGUCAACUUUGUCGCUGGAAACCCGAAUGAAAUUGAAGUUGGAGAAAUAGUGAAAAUCAUUUUAAAAAGAAAAUUUUAGGUGGAACUCGAUGGCAAAAAAUUCAACAUCAAGGGAGACACCAACUUGGCCCAUCCAACGAGCAAACUUACCAUCAACGGAAAAGAGGUACUGAAAUAUGGGUUAAUGAAAAAAAGAUCCAAAACAGGUUACCACUCAAAUUGUCGGAAAGCGAGCAGGAGAGAUAACGAUUCUCUACAAGGGAACACCAUUCAAAGUGAAAGUUCUGCCUGAACAAGCCGUCAAGUAUCUCCAGUACAUGAAAGAAAAACCUAAGGUAAUUUUGACUUUUUAUAAAAAAUUAAAAAGCAAAUUGAAAUGUUGAGGUCGACAUGUCUACCAUCGUUGUUUCACCUAUGCCAGGCGCCAUCAAGAACGUUAGCGUCAAGGUAAAUGCAAGAAAAAGGAAGCUGAUAGUAAGAAUACGUCAUUGCAGGUCGGGGAUAUGGUAGCUGAGGGACAGGAGCUUGUGAUAAUGGAGGCGAUGAAAAUGCAGAACAGUCUACACGCUGGUAGAACUGCGAAGGUUCGUUUCUUCAGUCGGACUAUUCCUCAAGCUGCUUUUUGAGGUCAAAGCGGUCAACGUCAAGGUUGGAUCGACGGUUGAUGAAGGCGAGGUGCUCGUUGAACUGGAAAAGAUCUAA